AUGGUGGUGUGGACAGCUGCAAGUACGAAAGCGCAUGUGGCAAAGGACAAGGUUCGCCUGCAGUGGACUAUCCCUGGUGUUUCCAUGCUUGACGGCAAGCCGCACAUGGUACAUGCCAUCUUGGAUAACCUCAGCGAGAACGGUGAUGUGCUUUCGCCGUUUCAUUCGAAAUUCGGCAACGGUCAGGAGUUCUCUGAGGACGAGCUGCAGGCACUGCGCACCGCCACUACGGAGGCCAUGUAUGAGACGUUGCUGAAGCCGGGAGAUGUACUUGUUCUUGACAAUUUUCGCUGGGCUCACGGUCGGCAACCAUUUGUGGGAAAGAGGGAGCAUGGCAUUGCCAUCAGUGGCCACAUGCCGCGGGUGCCUGGUACUUUGCCACCUUUUAUCGGCCUUUGGGGUGUGUGUUUCCAUGACGCGGUCUCCGUCGACCCUGACCAAUGCCCGAUCGCCAUGCUUGCAACGGAGACUUUCAAAGAUAGAGUGCUGCAGUGCCAAGUGUGGGACAAGGUGAAGGAAGGCCUGGAUAUCAGGCUGUUUUAUUCCUUCGGUGUGUACGGGACCAUCGAGUCGCAGGAGCUCGUCAAACUUUGUGCUUUAGACGGGCUUGGUUUGACUGCCCAAGAUGUCAAGGACUGGAUCAAGGACUCCGACCUAGAAGGCUUAGGGGAGGUCUCCGUGGAAGACGUCCACAGAGGGCUUACACGAGGCAGCGUUGCCUUCACGUUGGUGAAGAAAACAUUGUUUGGUCAGGAGAAGGACCACAAGUCGACGGAGUGCUCCCUGACGGAGCUUCUUGACUGGCUGAAGUACGAGUACGACAAGAAAAGCAACCUCUGGUCGCUGCCCGAGACACUCCUUCUCUUCUUCACCUUCGUAGCUUCUGCCGCAGUCCACCUUGGCGUCUUCGAGGCCUUCAGGAUCUCCCAAGUGUUCGACGCAGGCCUUGGUUUCGGCGACUUCUUGGCCUAUGAUACGGUCGACAUCGAGACGUUUUGGAUAUGGCUAGAGCGUGGCUUCUUCCGUAACAUCUUCAGGCACGACUUGUUCUCCUUCGUGCGGCAAUAUCGGUAUGGGGGGAAUUAUGGAGAGGACCCGGUGGUGACCGCCCCUUUCCCUGGCCGUGUUUUCAGAGAGAAUCAGAUCAUUGGGGCAGCACGACUACGGAAGUGGGUCACCGAACAGCAGGCAUGCGACAUUGGUGACUUCUGGAAGGCGAUUUACCCGACCUGCCACCAGCAAGGCCCAAGACGGCCAGAAGAUUGGUACAUGUUCUACCACCAAAAGAGGGAGGUCCUGGAGGAUCAGCUGCAUCAAUUCCGCGACAUCGCUUGGGUGAACGCAGACUCUCCGAUCCUCGACGUUCAAAUCUUCACUUUCAAUGCCCACCAGGUUGCCUUCACACUCCAGAACCUGCGCAUGGAGUGGUCGCCAGCCGGUUUCCUCAUUCAGCGGCCAGGCAUGCGAGAAACGUUCUACGGGGCGCCCUACUACAACCUGGCCCUUGUGCUGCCCGAUCUGAUGUUCCUGGCGCUGUUGACCAGCAUCAUGCAUUCAGAGCUAAAGGAAGCGAUCCCUGCAGCUAUGAACGGCUUGGAUGGCAUUAAGGAUUACUUAAAGUUCUGGAACGUCGUGGACUGGAUCAAUGUCACGGUUGGAAUCGCAUGCGUUUCUGUGUGGCUGGUCUUCGUGGUGAAGGUCACCGUGGAUUUGAGAGAUGUCCUUGCGGGAAUGCCCUCAGAUCUCUUGGACUUGGCAGUGUUCACCAACCGCAGCUACUUGAGCUACGAGGAGUUCAACAAUCUUGUUGAUCGACAAGAUUUUGAGCGGAAAAUGUCCGAAGUCUUGACAACGGCGGAAGAGACAGCCUACCUCUACACGCUGGUGCGCUCGCUCCUGUUUUUCUACCUCUUUGUCCUUAUGUUCAAGUUCUUCAAGGCUUUCAGAGCCAAUGACCGUUUGGAUGUUGUGAUCCAGACCAUUACAGACUCUGCGACGGAUGUGCUUCACUUUGCGAUCGCGUUUUUGCUCGUCUUUCUGUGCUUUGCUUCAGCUGGCAUGGUUCUAUUCGGCUACACGGUGGAGGGCUUCCACACAUUUGUCUAUUCUGUGUUCUUCUGUUGGCGAGCCGGUGUGGGCAUGGCCGACAUCGAAGUCUAUGAAAUUUGGUACCAGGUGUUGGCCUACUUUUGGCACUUCACCUACUUGGCCUUGAUGAGCAUCUUGAUGAUCAACAUCCUCGUGGGCUUGAUUUUCGAGGCUUAUGGUCGUAUUCAUGCAAACGCGGGGGAGCCGCCUACUCUUCUGGAGCAGGUCAGCGAUGCGGUUGACACGCUGAAAGACACCAAGGCCUUCAUCAACAUGUGGUACAUCAUCUGCGAGCUUGAGGACGAUGAUUUCCCUGCCCAUCCUGCAGAGCUCGUUACGGUGCGAAGCUUGAAAAAGGCUUUCUCCAAAGACAGGAUGACAAAGCAGAACGCUGAGUACCUCAUCGAAAACGCUUCUUCGUAUGCCAAGAAGCAGGCGAAGAAGAUCAAUCUGUCUGUUUCGGAUGGAGUUCGGAUGAUUGGCCAGACAAGGACCAAUGCAAACAAGCUGCUUGCAUUGUCCGAGCAGGUCAGCGAAAUGCUGCGGAAGUUUCACUUGAAGCACGCAGAAAGCCCUCAAGAGGAUUGGCUGAAGGCGCUUGGUGGAACGACUCCCGGAGCGACCCCUCAAGGCCAUCGUGUCGCGCAGUCGGACUUGAAGCAGCCGGGAGUUCUAGAUGCACUUGAGAGCACGAACAGGCCAACAACCUCAGCAGCCUCUCACAGAGACAAGAAGUCCCGUGAAGAGCUGCUGCUUGAAAACAUGCGGGCCCUGACAUCGGAGCUGGUCAAGAAGGGCAAGGAGCAGCACAGGCUAACCGGUUUUAUUGCCGAGACAAUCGAGAAUCGACAAGACGCCAUCCAAGAGAAGGAUGCUUGGGGGCGGCAAAAGACGGUCGUCCUCACUGAUCGCUGCGAGAAGAUCGAGAUCAGCAUUGGCAAGCUUGGAGAGUGCCUGAAGGGCGUGGACCCGACGCAGCUUCGGGGCAUGCCAGAGAAACUCCAGGUCGUGGCCGAGAAAGUGCGGACAAUUCAGCAGGAGGACAGCAGCCCGACGUCUUGUGACAAGGCAGAUCACAUGUCCAUGCUUCAGAACCAGUUGGCGAGCAUCCACGAAGAUGUGGCAAAAGUCGCCACUCACAUGCGUGCCAAAGUCAACGUACCGCUUGCCCUCAUGCAUAUGGACCACUUUUUCAUCCAAGCCAACGCGGAGAAAGCAAACAUCGGCGACCCCAAAGCUCUCAGCCGUUCGGUCAGCCAAGCAAGAAGCUUCACUGGUACUUCACGGAGCAACUUCAGCAGCGAGAGCAGCGACCUUUCCGAAGAACAUCGAUAG